AUGGUCUUGCUCAAGACUGUCCUCCUUGGCGCACUGGCCGCCACCGCCGCCGCCAAGUCCGCCGUCAUCGACCUCAUCCCCAAGAACUUUGACGAUGUCGUCUUGAAGUCCGGCAAGCCUACCCUGGUCGAGUUCUUUGCUCCCUGGUGCGGCCACUGCAAGACGCUCGCUCCCAUCUACGAGGAGCUUGCAGGCGUCUUCGAGUACGCCAAGGACAAGGUGCAGAUCGCAAAGGUCGACGCCGACGCCGAGCGUGACCUCGGCAAGCGCUUCGGCGUCCAGGGGUUCCCGACGCUCAAGUUCUUUGACGGCAAGAGCGACAAGCCCGUCGAGUACAGCUCCGGGCGCGAUCUCGAGAGCCUUGUGUCGUUCAUCACCGAGAAGACCGGCGUCAAGGCCAAGAAGAAGCUUGAGCGGCCCUCCGAGGUCGUUGAGCUCCACGACGACACCUUUAAGGAGACCGUUGGCAGUGACAAGCAUGUUUUGGUUGCCUUUACUGCCCCGUGGUGCGGACACUGCAAGAAACUUGCCCCCGUCUGGGAGCUUGUCGCUACCGAUUUCGCCAACGAAAAGAAUAUUGUUAUUGCCAAGGUCGAUGCCGAGGCUCCCAACAGCAAGGCCGUGACUGCCGAGCAUGGCAUCAAGUCCUACCCCACCAUCAAGUUCUUUGCGGCUGGUGACAAGGAGGGCGUCGCCUACGACACUACCAGAAGCGAGGAAGCCAUCGUCGCGUACAUUAACGAGAAGGCUGGUACCCACCGCCUUCCCGGCGGCGAGCUCGAUAACAUCGCCGGCACCAUCUCUGCCCUCGACGUUCUGGUCAAGAAGCUGACUGGUGGCGCUUCGAUCGCUGAAGUCGCCGCCGAGGUGAAGAAGGAAGCUGGCAAGCUGAAGGAGGCUGCCGAGCUCAAGUACGCCGAGUACUACGUCCGCGUCUUUGACAAGCUCAGCCAGAACGAGGGCUGGGUCAAGAAGGAGUCGGCCAGACUCGACAGCAUCCUGACCAAGGGUGGACUGGCUCCCUCCAAGCGUGAUGAGAUUAAGACUAAGGCCAACAUUCUCAAGAAGUUCGUCGAGGAUGUCGCAGAGAAGGUUGAGGAGGCCAAGGAUGAGCUGUAG